AUAAGUAGUUGGUUUCACGAACCCGAAUUUCAGUUAUACUCGAUCUCUUUUCUUCUGCUUCCUCUCCUUCACAUAGAAAAGCUAGAGUACCACAAAACGAAACUAUGUCGUCGAGGAAUUUGAGAGGCGGCGGCGUUGGAUCUUCGGCGGAGGAGUUGAAGAAGAUCUUCAACAAGUUCGACAAGAACGGCGACGGGAAGAUCUGCCGCGACGAGCUCAGGGAGAUCUUCCGUGAGCUCGGCUCCGAAACGACGCCGGAGGAGGUCAAGACCAUAAUGGCCGAGUUCGACAAGGACGGCGACGGUCGCAUUGACCUCGACGAGUUCGCCGAGAUUCUCAACGGCGGAUCCACCAAGGAUCUCCGUGACGCCUUCGACCUCUACGACCUCGACAAGAACGGCCGCAUCUCCGCGAGUGAACUGCACGAAGUUCUUAAGCGAUUGGGCCAGAAGUGCUCGCUCAAGGACUGCGCCAAGAUGAUCGGCUCCGUCGACGCCGACGGCGAUGGCCACGUCAACUUCGAGGAAUUCAAGAAGAUGAUGAAGAAAUAAUCAUAAGGUACUAAGAGGAGUGUAGAGAAGUCGUGGUGAUAGUGUUUUUUGCUCAAAGCUCAACCUCUAGAGUUGUCUUUCGCCCCGAAGUUCAAUAUAUCCCAUAUGCAUGGUACUCUCACCAUUUCUCCGGCCAAAAAACGUAGGGCAGGGCGCCUGACCUUGAAGAACAAACCUAAGGUUAAGAAUAGUUUGGGUCAGAAAAGGGCACAGAAGAGGACAUUUGGUGCACAU